AUGGGGGCUCUUUUUGAAACUCAUAUCAAGAAAGAAUCGGAUUCUACGUUUAUCAAUCGUCUUCCUCCAUGGCGUUCAGAAGAUAACUUCAUUGCCAAUGAAUCAGGUCGUAUUCUCGUCUUUUGGGACCCUUCCCUCUCUGUUGUAAUUUACCACAAAUCUGAUCAGAUGAUCAUGUGUGGUGUUUUUGUUCCUCAAUUGCAACACUACUUCACUGUUUCAUUCAUCUACGCUUUCAAUUGUCAUCUACUUUGGCAAGAGCUUGCUGAUCUUAGAGGCUCUUCCCCCACCUCUUCCCGUCCAUGGAUCCUUGCUGGAGACUUAACCAAAUCCUUAGUCAAUACGAGUACUCGUCAAUUCCCCAAACUCUCGCCCCUACUACCGGCAUGCAGGAGAUGCGAAGUUGUUUAG